GCCACCAAGUACUACUCGUAAUCGUCAUCCAUCGCGAUAAUCCAGUCUAAUAUAUCGUCAGAGCCUCAGAGGCCACCUUAGUCUUGGAAGCAACAUAAAUAUAAGUCUAGUCCUCUCUCCCCGGCCGGCAACGCUUGGAACUCUAUCCUCAAUCUCACCUUGAUUCGCUCUCCAAACUAUUUAACUAAGAUCUCCACUGCAGCCCGCCCAUUUCAAGUUUUGAAACCGGCAACAAUCAAGUUACAGUUCUGCAGGGAUGCAUUAAAUUCAACCAGCCAAUUUAAUCGAGGGGAAACGCUAUGUCUCUAAAUCGAGUCUCUUACCUUGAGUCGUGGGGCCAAACUCGGCCUGUAUCGCGUCAGCAACAGUAUCAGGACCAAGAGGACGGCGAUUCUGACUCUGUGGACGGGCGCAAUGUCGACCUUCCGGAGGGAUCAAUUUCGUCCUCCUUCCAGUCAACGUACACUUAUCGCUUAAAUUUCAAUCCGUAUGCUGGGCCCGGUUGGACCCAGCCCCCGACGAAGUUGCCCCUGAAGACCUCGCAUCUGCCGAAACCGCUGGCCGAGAGUGACCAUGGAGGAUAUGAUCCACGAGAUGCGUCCUUAAGAUUGCCGGAUGAAGACUAUCCGUUGGAAACUACUGGAGCGUUCGAAGUCAGUAGUACAAGACGAAUCUGCCAGGUAAUUAUUGCGGUCAUCUAUUGCUUCCUCGCAGCAGGUGUUGUGUUCGGAUUUGCGGCACUGAAACCUGUCUUGAUUCGGGAAGGGGUCUAUCGCAAUCUGUGUUCGCGCGACGAGCUCUCUAAGAACCGGGAAGUCUGCUACGGACAGGAGCUGCGCCUGAACCUCAUGUUCACAAUCGCCGCCGUGGCGACCAAUGUAUCCGCCUUGCCAGUUGGCACUAUCCUAGAUAAAUACGGUCCUCGCGUCUGUGGUAUCAUUGGCAGCAUAUGUCUCACUUUCGGCGCCUUACUGCUCAGCUUCGCUGCCAAUCUCCCCUUUGAUACCUACAUUCCUGGAUACUUCUUCCUAUCGCUCGGAGGUCCCUUCAUCUUCAUUUCGUCAUUCCAGCUGUCCAACACGUUCCCCACUCGCUCUGGGUUGAUCCUAUCCAUGCUCACGGGUGCAUUCGAUGCGUCCAGCGCCUUGUUUUUAGUCUUCCGACUCGCCAACGAGCGCAGUAACGGGUCAUUUACCACCCACAAGUUCUUCAUGGUGUAUCUGAUCGUUCCCGCCUUCAUCCUCGCUGCGCAACUUCUCAUCAUGCCAGCCACAUCCUACAAAACGGCCGGCGAGCUAGUCCAACAAGCUGAAGCGUACAUCGCCGAUGAAGCCAACGACCACGUCGACGAGCGUAUCAGCAAUCGCUCCGAAGGCGAACGUCAGCGCAACGACCGCCGCGUGCACCGCCAAGACGUCGUCAGCAAGAUCCAAGAUCUUCUAGGCGACAGCAGCAUCAAUGACGUCCCGGAACGACCCCAAGACCGCAUCGUCGGCAAAACCCCACCCCGCAACACCACCGCUGGCAGCGUCUGGGGCGCUCUCCACGGCCGCUCCGCUCUCCAACAGAUCGCCACCCCCUGGUUCGUCCUCAUCAUGCUCUUCACGGUCCUCCAGAUGCUCCGCAUAAACUACUUCCUCAACAGCGCCUUCGACAUCCUCCUCCCCCUCGGCGGCCUCCUCUCCGUCCCCUUCAUCGGCACCAUCCUCGACACGCUGAAAACCCAACACGUCCUCCUCAUCCUCGCCUCCACCGCCACCCUCAUCGGCAUCCUCGGCUGCAUCCCCCACAGCCUCCCCGCCGGCUACGCCAACAUCGCCCUCUUCGUCAUCUACCGGCCCUUCUACUACACCGCCGUCUCCGACUACGCCGCCAAGGUCUUCGGCUUCCAGACCUUCGGCAAGGUCUACGGGCUGAUCAUCUGUCUAGCGGGGCUAGGCAAUUUCCUGCAGGCGGGCCUCGACGCCGUGACAUUUAAGCUUUUCGCCCGGGAUCCCGUCCCGGUCAAUCUCGUGCUUACGGCCUCGACGGGCGUGAUUGGCGCCGCGCUGGUGGGGUUCGUCUGGUGGCAGGCUAAGCGGAUGGAUGUCUCUCGGGCGCAGCGUAUAGCUGGGAAGGGCGUGGUCGUGGACGCCGACCCCGGCAGGGCAGAGCGCACCAUGGUACAGAGUGAGCAGGUGAGUCGGCCCCGGUCAGAUGCGGUGGAUUACGCUGGCGUAGCAGCGAGAGACUGGGAGCGGGAACGCGAGCGAGAACCGUUGCUGCGUCGUGGGCCGCAGCAUUUGGGGGCACAUGGGGAGGCCUCGUCGUAUGGGAUUUCGAGCGGACCAUAAUCCAUCGUCCUGUCACUUUUUUUGCAUAUUUGGAUAUUUGCUCUUUGCUUUCCUUACUGGCUGCUACUGCUGCUCUGCUGCUGCUGAUGAUGAUGAUACGUUACGCUUUUGUGUAUAUUGGUGUUGGCUGUGUAUCUGUAUAUUACUAUGUCCAUAUAGAGUACAUCCCAUCCAUCCAUCCGUCUGU